UUCGAAAUUUGCACGGUCUACGAGGCCCACGCACAUGCGUUCCCAAAACCUCAAAAACAACCACAUAAUUCUGCCGAGGGGUUUUUCAAUAUACAUUAUAUAAAGAGGAGAACGAAGCAGGGACAAGAGCUAUAAGCCUAUAAAGUAUUAUCUUGCCAAAUACCCAUAAAGCUUAAUAGCCUGUAAAUAUUCAGACUCAAAAAUGGGUUCGGAUGAGGAGCAAUUCGCAUAUGCAAUGCAACUGGUUACCUCCAUGUCCCUCACCAUGGUGCUGGUGAAUGCAAUGAAGCUCAAGAUCUUCGAGACUAUAGCAGAGGCAGGACCUGAUGCACGGCUCUCGGCUCAUGAGAUCGUAUCCCGUUUGUCCAUGACAAAUCCGAGUGCCCACCAGAUGCUCGAUCGAAUGCUUCGGUUGCUCGCUACUCAUUCUGUUGUAACCUGCAAUCAACAAGAACGUGAGUUUGGUCUGGUUCGAGUGUAUGGACUCACCCCCGUUGCCAAAUACUUUGUUCCAAACGAAGAUGGGGUGUCCUUAUGUGCUUUGAUGGAGUUGCUUCAAGAUAAAGCGUUCGUUGACAGUUGGUUUAAACUCAAAGAUUCAUUGUUAGAAGGAGGUGUUCCAUUUGAUAUGGUUCAUGGAACACAUGCAUUUGAAUAUCCAGCAUUAGAUGCAAGGUUCAAUAAGGUCUUCAACAAUGCCAUGACGAAUCAUACUACUAUGGUGAUGAACAAAAUUCUAGAGUGCUACCAUGGUUUUGAAAACCUCAAGCAAGUGGUUGAUGUGGGAGGUGGUUUAGGAGUCAAUCUCAACAUAAUCAUAUCAAAAUAUCCCACUAUAAAAGGCAUUAAUUUUGAUUUGCCACAUGUGAUCCAACAUGCACCGGUCUCUCCUGGUAUAGAACAUAUUGGAGGAGAUAUGUUUGAAGAGGUUCCCCCAAGUGAUGCCAUCUUUAUGAAGUGGAUAUUGCAUGAUUGGAGCGAUGAUCAUUGUGAAAAGUUGCUAAAGAAUUGCUACAAGGCAUUGUCAAAUGAGGGGAAGGUUAUUGUAGUUGAGAGCAUUCUUCCUUUUUUGUCCAACACAAGCUCUUCCGAUAAAGUCACCACUCAAAUAGAUGCAAUCAUGAUGACACAAAAUCCAGGAGGAAAGGAGCGCACAAAGCAUGAGUUUCUUGUGCUGGCUAAAAAUGCAGGAUUCACUGGAAUAAAAAUGGAAUGCUUCGUUUGCAACCUUUGGGUCAUGGAAUUUUACAAGUAGAGUUUUCUCUAAUUAUAUGUGUGUUUUAUAUUUCAUCAUUAAUGAUAUCUUCAUUUAUAAAUAAUGACCUUAAAUCCUUGAUUAAAAGAGGUUUAUUAAUGUGAUAGAAAAAUGGAUAUGUUUAUCCAAUAAAUAGGAUUUAAAGUAAGCUUAUAUGACAAAUUUCUCAAGGUUUUCAACAAUGUUGGAGAGUUUGAGAUCCAUUAUUGUAAUUUGUCGAGAAAAUGGAUAAAGUUUUCGGUGUAUAACAAGAAUUACUAAAGCGCCGGUUUGAGCUCA